CAGAACAGAACAAAAGAAGAGAAAAAACAGUAGCACAAAGUUUCAAUUAUAGAGCCAAAAAAGUCAAGAAAUUGGGCAGUUCUAUUGGCAUUUGCCAAUCCUUUGCUAAUUGUUUUUCUACUACUUUGAAAAAAAAAAAAAAAAAUAACCCCAUUGUUCAAAGCAUCCAAUGUUGUCUUCACCAUGCAAGAGAUUAAAUUAAUGAUACAGUGAGAAACAGUUCAAGACAAAAAGGGCACUGUUUUACUGCACUAUAAAACCAUAUUUCAGCCUCUACUUUCCAAUUUUGUUCACAUUCUUUACUCUUCCCACACUUCAUUUCACAUAGUUUGUUCACCUUAAAAAUGGAAGCUGCUAACUCAGCUUCUUCCAACUGUUUCUUGCUGUUCUUUUUCUUAUUCUUCUUAGUGUUGUCUCUAAGUCUCCAGGUGACACACUGCAAUGUCAACUAUGACAAGAAGGCUCUUAUCAUCAAUAAACAGAAGAGAAUUCUCUUCUCUGGCUCCAUACACUAUCCCAGAAGCUCUCAAACUAUGUGGGAAGAUCUUAUAAAGAAAGCCAAAGAUGGAGGUUUGGAUGUUAUAGACACUUAUGUGUUUUGGAAUGUUCAUGAACCUUCUCCUGGCAAUUAUGAUUUUGGGGGGAGAAAUGACUUGGUUCAGUUCAUCAAGCUGGUUCAGAAAGUAGGCUUAUAUGUACAUCUCCGAAUAGGGCCUUACAUAUGCGCAGAAUGGAAUUUUGGAGGUUUUCCAGUAUGGUUGAAGUUUGUGCCAGGCAUUAGCUUUAGAACAGAUAAUGAACCUUUCAAGAGAGCAAUGCAAGAAUUCACCCAGAAGAUUGUCCAAAUGAUGAAGGAUGAAAAGCUAUUCGAGUCUCAAGGUGGUCCCAUCAUUCUCUCACAGAUUGAGAAUGAGUAUGAGCCUGACAGAUUGGCAUUUGGAAGUGCUGGUGAAGCUUAUAUAAACUGGGCUGCAAAGAUGGCCAUUGGAUUGAACACUGGAGUCCCAUGGGUUAUGUGCAAGGAAUUUGAUGCCCCAGAUCCUGUUAUAAAUACAUGCAAUGGUUUUUACUGUGAUAGUUUCUCUCCAAACAAACCCUUUAAACCAAAAUUAUGGACUGAGAAUUGGACUGGCUGGUUCACUGAGUUUGGCGGGCCGAUUUAUCAGCGGCCAGUUGAAGAUAUAGCAUUUGCAGUUGCUCGAUUCAUUCUGAAGGGAGGCUCUUUUGUUAAUUAUUACAUGUAUCAUGGAGGAACAAACUUUGGAAGAACUGCUGGAGGCCCUUUUAUUACCACCAGCUAUGACUAUGAUGCUCCCAUUGAUGAAUAUGGGUUGAUCAGAGAACCAAAGUAUGGACAUUUAAAGGAACUCCAUAAGGCUGUUAAGUUAUGCGAAAGAGCUUUGCUUUCUGCAGAUCCUUAUAUCGUGUCCUUGGGGAAUUAUGAACAGGCACAUGUAUUCUCUUCGAAAUCAGGAGGCUGUGCUGCUUUUCUAUCAAAUUUCAAUUCAGAGUCAACUGCAACGGUGACUUUUAAUAAUAAGCACUUCAAACUUCCUCCAUGGUCUAUCAGCAUUCUUCCUGAUUGCAAGAACGCUGUCUUCAACACUGCCAAUGUAAGGAAAAUUUGA